AAACAUAAAAACAAAACAACUUAAGUAAACAACCAAAGAUAAAAGUAAAUUUUACACAACUUCGAUCGUGCCUUUUCGUCUACAUCAGAUACAGUUACAAAAAAUGUUUUACCUAUGAAGAAAACACAAAUUUUUUUUCAUAAAUAUUUGUAAUAAUAAAUUUACAAAAACCUUAUUUUACACCUAAAGAGAGUAACUUCCUGUGAAUAUGUUACAGGAAAACUGUGUAACUGUAAAACUUAAAUGAUUGAUGUAACAGCUUCAGUUCAGAAGUGUCCCUUUGUACUCUAACUUGGCCUUUAUGCUUUUUGUUUGAAUUGGUGUAAAAUACUAUAUUCCUGCAUAGAGAGUUACAUUUGUUACACAACAAAGAAAAUGCACUCACUCAACAAGAAUGGCCGAUAAUGGACAUGUCUUACAUAGGGGUGUCAUAGUAACUGUUUAUCAGCGGUAAUCCAGGGUUUUUCCAGAUUCUUGUGAGGGUGACUUUGCUUACAUGUAAUCUCUCUUAUCUUACUUAACAAGUCUAUGCAUUUUCCAGAUCUUUCUGGUUUACUGAUAAACAAAAGGUGCACUUUUAUUACAACCUUUUUCUUUUUCUUUUGGAGAAUCCCAUUUUUGGUGGGUACCAAUUGUUUUUUUUGCGUGUGUGUCUGCUUUUACUUUCAAUAAUAUGUUUGCAGGAAAAUAAUUAGAAAGUUUAAAAUUGAAUUUCCCCUUCAGAAAACUUAAUUUGAAUUAUAGUGUCAUUGCUAUACUUUUCUUUGGAUUUGUUUUGAGUUUGAGUUUUGUACUUGUAAACAAAGGUUAAGCAUCUACACUUGCAUUAUUUUUUUUUAAAUACAAACCUAUUCUAUUUGCCUGUAUAAUUUUGGCAUAAAACUACUUCCAUAAAUUUCCGGUACUCUGCUUUGAUUAUUUAACUUAUCUCUGGCCCAGUGUUAAUGCGCGAGCUGUGAGCCCAUUUAAAACACUAGGAACUAUAUUCAUCUGCGGAGGAACUUUGCUAAAAUAAAAGUUAGGUUUCGGGGACUGCUUUGUUAUUCCCCUUGAGUUAAAUGUCAGUAAUAACCCUCAAGCGCCUCUUCGAGAAUCGGGUUUCGCCCCCAGUCUCCGCUCACUGCAUUUAAGGCAGCGACGCCGGCUGGCCGGAGCCCCUCUGGCCGAGCUGUGGAGCGCCUGGCCCACUCAGAGGGGCCUCAGCCCAUGGGGGGGAGUAGAGGAUGGAUGGAUGAAUCUCCCUUCGAUCUCUUAUCAGCCACAGCAGUUUCUUGUGGGGGAGGUGUGUGCUUCAGAAAAUUGGACAAGUGGAAGAUAAAAGAAGUAGUGUCAGGCCUAAAAAUCUAUCUACAGCGGAUACAUAUGAUCUGAAAGUCAUGUCCUUAACAAAUAAAAAAUCCAGCCAAGACCUGACACAGGACUUGAGAGAUGCAUCUGGUCCUUCAGUUGAUCCAUCUACUGUUCAAUAAAACCUCAUAAGAAAUGGUCUCAGUGGUAGGGUGGAUGACAAGAACCCAUUCUUGAAGAAGGGAAACAGGGAGAAAGGACUCAGGUAUGCACAUUACAAAAGAACUGGACUGAAAAUCAGUGUGAAUACAUAUUAUAGAGUGAUGAAUCCAAAUUUGAAAAUUUUAGUUCAAAUCACCGAUAUGUUUAAUUGAAGUCAUUGUCAGUAUGUACGGAGAAGGUCAGGAGAGAAGUACAACAGUGAGUGUCUACAGCUGCCUGUGAAACACGGUGGAGGUUGUGUCAUGGUGGUAGGAGAUUUUCUAAAUUGAUAGAAUUAUGAAUCCAUAAAAGUACCAUCAGAUUUUGAUCCACCAUGGAAUACCAUCUGAAAACCAUCUUACAAUGGUUCAAAUGUUCAAUGUGACAACGGUCCCAAACUCACUGCCAAUGCAAUAAAAGGGCACCUGGAAAAACACACGACGGAACACUAUCAGUGAUGGAUCGGCCUCUGCAGCACCCGGACAUUAACAUAAUUGAAAAUGUUGGAUCAUCUAAAUGGAGCCAACACCCAAAGAAGAGCUUUGAUGGUCCAUAGAGAAAUCUAGAGAACUAUUCUUGAAGACUGCUUAAAGAAAUUACACACAGUACUGUAGAAUGUGAGCUUUCAUUCAUAGAAAGGGAGAUCAUAUUGGGUUAGUUUCUGAUUUUUGGAUGGCAAGAAGAGAAAUAGAAAUGAAGACGACACAGAUCAUUGCUGGCUGAAAGUCAGUGCUGUGAGGUGAAGGGAUGUUGAAGCGGAAAUGGGAAACUGGCAAAAAUUGCCUCUGGCUAUGUUAUUUAUUCAAGUCAGCCAGCAAAAGGAAGAGAGGAAAUGAACAUUAGGACAUUUAAUUAUAUUUAAAAAAAAUUGUACUGUCAUUACAAGUGUGAAAAGUCUGAAAAGCAGGAAAGCAGUAAAGUAAAUCCUAUUUAAUCUUAAUCGGGGAUACAGCCCUUAUCUGCUAAUGUGGGCACUGACUUUAAAAGGUGAAGUUUGGCUCCCGCUACUCUGACUUUAGGGAUCUCCUGAUCUUCCUGACUAAGUUACCUUUUAAGAAGACAAAUUUAUCCCCUGAGGUAUUCCAGACACUUUUCUUGUACUUAAAAAAGGUCUUGCUAGUGACCUACCUCACUCCAAGGACAGCCUUUUCAGAAGUUAUAGGUUUUCUCAUUAUGCAGGAGGCAUUCCAGGGAUCUUUUAACGUUGUGGCACCAGUUGUGGCACAGUAUCUGAUCAUAAAUAAAUGCAGUGCAGAAAAAAAUGGCACAGGAAACACUGAGCACAUAUUUUGCAGUAUUAUGUACUGUUUAUCAUACCUGUUCUGUUACCUAUAAAACAUUCUUUUAUCAUUAUCUAUGUUUUUUAUGCAAAGAGUUAAAAACACAAUUGAUACUGCAAAAAAUAAAUACAACUGAAGGUAGGUUUAUAUUAAUUAUUUAUUACAGUAUCAUCAGUACCAAAUUAUAGAUGAAGUGGUGACGUCGUAAUGUUUUAAUCAAUAACUACUUAGAGUGAAGUCAUCAUGGUUGGCCUGUUUUUACUUUGAAACAGAAGUCUGAAUAAAAUCUGAGUAAACAUCUUGUUUGAAGACAAGUAAUACUUCAAAUAUUUGUGCAGAACCACUCAAAAUAUCCCAAUUACUGAUACCUAAUUAUGAAACAGUUACAGGGUAAUUACAAUAAAAAUCAAAGCCAAUAUUUUAAAACAAAAACAUGCAUAUAUAUCCACUCCAGAGGAUAAAAAACUAAUAAGGAGAUUGCUUUCUACGGAGCUGCAGCCAAUGAUUGUUUUAAUUGUGGAUGGAUUUGUUUAUUAUUUUGUGAGCGUUUAUGGAAGCAAAACAAUAAGAUUCAAUUAGAGCUUUCAGUUUAGAGUAAUUUGGUUUACUGCUGUUUAAAAAAAUUACUACAAUUUAAAUCAGUAAUCAAAACCGUUUUACUGGAAAUUUUGUGGCAGGAAACAUUUAUAUGAUUAAACAGCGCAGAUAAAUAUAUUCAACACCUGAAGGUUAAACACACUUUAGCAUUUAACCAUAUUUAGACUCUAGUUAAGUUAUAGUAGGCUACAGAAAUUUUAGCAUAAAAAAUAUUUCAAGUACUUAAAAUCAUGCCUCACGGGGCAGGUGCCACCCUGUGCCACCUCCACCUGGACACGCCCCUGCCUGACACUAUUUUUUCCUCGCUGUCAUGCUUUUAUAAUUUUUAGUCUAAUGUUGAAUUUCAGCAUUCAGUCAAAGCUAUCGGUGUCCGUGAGGCUGGAUGGAAAAAAAAAUGUUAACGCGGAUAGGCUGCUCUCUUUCUCUCCCUCUCUCUCUCUCCCGUUCACUCAUCAUACCUGCGCGCGCCCCCCUCUCCCCCUCUCUCUCUUUCCGCCACUUCAAAGCUCUACUUGAAAGUGGGCUCAAGACAACAGUUGUUGUCCUUUCCGCUGUCCUUGUGCCACGCGCUGUCAUCGCCACAAUGCCUCGAGGAUUCUUGGUGAAGAGACACCGGCGAGGCUCGGCAUACCGGUCACGGAGCAACAACAACAAACCGGAGGGUGACCGGAGCGGCGGCGGCAGGGGAUACAGCUGUGAAGCGACCGGAGCAGAGAGCCACGUGCUCAGUGUUUUCCCGUUUCAGCGGCAGGACGGAGAGUUCCCAGUGUCCCGCGAGGACUCCGCUGGUGUCAGGGAGGCUUGGAGCCCGCACGUGGAGUCCGCUCUGGAGGCGGAGGCGGACCGGCGCGCGCAGUUACCUGAGAGCGAGUUGGACGCUUUGAGCCCCGACGGUGACUUCUCGUGCUUCUUCCCGCCGCCGCCUCCGCCACUCACCGACUCCUGCAGCCCCGUUAAACCGGUCGGCACGAGACUUCUUGAGCAGCGCGAGGAAGGAGAAAAACAGCUGCUGUUCACGGGCCGGUGUCUGCCGUCCUCCCCAGUACCGGACCUGCCGGAUCUGCCGUUCCUGGUCAGCUCCACGCCGACCUCGGUGUCCGCCUCCAUCGAGAGGAUCCUCGCGAGCAGCAGCCGCCACCACACGCCGUCCUACGGUCACGGUGACAAGUAUGACCCGCCCCACGUGCACCUGUUCCCGCAUCUCACCGUGAUGAACCAGGAGGCGGCGAGGAAACGCUCGUUCCUCGAGCCGAGCAGCAGCAGACACAGCAAACAGUCUGCGGGCAGCAACCCCACGAAAAAACCCAAAGUCAACCGGAAGCUGAACUUCGAGGAUGAGGUCACGACCUCCCCGGUUCUGGGUCUGCGCAUCAAGAAGGAGAGCCCUGAGCUGCGGAGGCACCGAGAGAAGUCGUCCGGCCCCGGCGGGAAUCAGCCGCUGGGGGAGUUCAUCUGCCAGCUGUGCAAAGAGGAGUACCCCGACCCCUUCUCCCUUGCGCAGCACAAGUGCUCCCGCAUAGUGCGUGUGGAGUACCGGUGCCCCGAGUGCGACAAGGUCUUCAGCUGCCCGGCCAACUUGGCCUCUCACCGCCGCUGGCACAAGCCGCGCCCGGUGAGCAGCCCGGCAAGUGAGACCCCGACCCCCAACAAGAACCUUUCGCUCAAAGAGGCACGAGGGCUCGCUCAGCACGAGAGGCCGCCAGUGGAGUUGGAGGGCAAGGAGAACGAGCUGCUGCGCGUGAACACCAAUCAGCACCACGCGGCGCUGGACAGCUCCCGCAUGAGGCGCGAGCAGUCUCUGCUGCUGCUCCACGCGCGGUCCCGGGACAGCCCGGACGGCGACGGCCUCGCGCCUCCCCGCUACGACUCCUCUCCGCGUUACCGGAACCCAGCCGAGAACUGCCUGGACCUGCAGCCGCAGGUGAGAGCCGCGGACAGCCCGCCGUCCAGCCUCCUCGUGCUGAACCCAGAGGAGCGCGCGGACCUGCCCCAGCAGCAGCUUCCGCCUCUGCCGUUCGUUCAGUCGUUACCGGAGGAGGAGGUGUACGAGUGCCGGUAUUGCGGGAAGAAGUUCCGGCGGCAGGCUUACCUGAAGAAACACCUGGCCGCGCACGAGAUGACAUCGCGAGCGUCUCCGCCCGCUGCAUCUUAUGGCCAAGCGCGCGAGCCCAGUUCCGGACAGAGCCAGGUGUGCCUUUGUCACCUGUGCGGCGCGCGCUUCCCGUCGGUCGAAAUCAGGGACAAGCACCGGCUGUGGCACGCGAUGAGGGACGAGCUGAUAGCGGAGACACUGGGAGGAGGAGGACGCAGAGGGGACGUUUUCCACGCGCACAGAGAGGAGAGCGGUGGCGGGGAGUGCGACCACCAGCAGCAGCAGGAGCAGCAACAGAUCUUCACGUGCAAACACUGCCCCUCCACUUUCUUCAGCUCCCCGGGACUCACGAGACACAUCAAUAAGUCUCACCCCACCGAGAACCGGCAGGUGAUGCUGCUGCAGAUGACCGUGCGGCCGUGAGUCGCGCGCAGAACUGUAGUUUGGAAAAGGGGGGAAAAAGUUUAUUUAUCAAGAAGUCCUUUCAGAAGCAAGUCUUGCCACUCGGUACCCAUCUUGGUAACACCUCCGGGCACUUAUUUUAAAAUAUUGAAUUAAUUUUAAUGGUCACCUGGACACAAAAACUGCACGUAGAUACUAAAAUCUGAUAAAAUAACAUCUCAAAAUGCCUUUUUUUUCUCCCACAAAGCUACAAAUCUACCACAAACCUCCGAUUGUUUCAUCUCUGGGUGCUUAAAUAACACAUUUAUAGUUCUGCUGUAGUAUAUUUGGACUAUAUGCUACACCCUGAGGGAGUAAAAGAAGAUGCUGAAGAUUACCUGUAACUGUCCAAGGUGCUGAAACCCUGCCUGGAAACAGGCUUCCACACAACCAUCCUAGCUCGCUCUUCCUUAAAUGGAAAAGGGAAUAUUUUAAGUUACCGGACAAAACAAAUAAUCCAGAAUAAUGUUAACCGAUUAAAUUAUUUCUUCUUAUUACUUACAGUUCAGCUUCUCUCGCAAAUAACCUGGCACUAAAACUCAUUAAUGCCACCAUCAGAGUGAGUAAAACGGGCCCAACAGCCAAUCAUUUUGAACUUGGCAUUUGUUUUUAUGUUCACUGAAGCUUAGGAAUGUAACCAUAAUGGGUGAUCUUCCUCCUUCUCAUCCUAAAAAACUAAAUUUUCAAACCACAAAUGUACAGAGAUCAAUGAAUAAGAAUAAAGAGAAAACAAUCAGACCGUAAUAUGCCUUUUAUAAUAAACAUGCUCGUUAAUUUCUCAGCUAUAAAAUAUUUUCAUACAGAAAUGAAAGUUAAUGUUAUACUGCUAUUAAAAAAGGUCUUUUGUCUUUGAUUAUUCGUGUUGAGAUAUUUGCUAAAUGCCUUUAUGAUGCUAAAAAUGUAACGUGUGGUUCUAU